AUGGCGGCAUCACUAUUUACUUUCUUCUCCACCUCAAGAAGAGUCAUCCCAGCUCCAAACUCUCCUCCUUUUCCCAUAUACAUCAAAGCCACAAAUGUCGUCUUCAACCCUGAUAUACCAGAUGUUCAUCGUGGUCUUGGAAUUGAUGAUUUUGUCAAUUUUCUAGUAUCUUGCAGACUUCGAUAUGCUAUCAGUGAGGUUCCAUCAGAGUUCUUUCCCGAACAAGUAUGUGAGUUCUACUAUACCGCAACCGUCAAUAAUGAAAACAACAUCAUCUUCGGCACUAUUGGGCGUGGUCGUCGCUCAGUUUUCAUCAACGUUGAUCUCCUCCGUACUGCACUCAAGUUACCAAUUUUUGAACCAUUCUCUGAGCUUCCAACUUUUGAACGUUGUCGACGCCUCUUUGACCAACUGGGCUAUGAUCACUCCAAGGCUGGUGCUCAACCAACUCUCAUUCUACGUCAAUGUAUUACUCCUGGAUGGAAGUUCUUCACCGGCGCACUUUGUAAGUGUGUAGGUCACAAAUCUCUCAGUGGUGAUCAACUGAGUGCUUUUGAGCAACACGUGGUAUGUUCACUUCUCCUCAACAAACGUGUUGAUUAUGGGGCUUUCUUCUUCGAUCAUCUUGUCCAACUUCUUCGGGCCAAUGUAAGAGCUGAUCAUGUUCUGUUUCCACGCUGGAUUGCUCUUGUCCUAGAUAAAUUUCAUGCUGAAGCCUAUUACUCACACGCUGGAAACCCCAUCCAAUGCCCACGCAUGUCAGUACGAAUGUAUCAGGAUGAUCCACUGGCUAAUGACAUCGGCAUCUCUGAUCGGAUGGUUCAUUCAGCUCAUGGGGAGCCAUCUUCUCAGGGGGAGCAACCAUCUCAGGGGGAGCAACCUUCUCAGAGGGAGCGGCAUCGAUCACAAGAAAUUCCAGGUACUCAGCUCAUUCAAAUUCCGGCCUCAACGUUUAAUGAGCUUCUUACACUGACUCGAGAUAUGAGUCAGUGUCUUCUACGUAUUGAGGCUGAUGUCAACCAACUGAAGGGAGUUAUUCUGUCAACUCCUUCCCCUGGCCCAAAUGAUGAUGAUGGUCAAAAAGGGGGAGAAACUGAUUCACCACAGCCUGAGCACGAGUCUGAAAGACUAGCAGAAAUUGAAUAUCCUACUGAAGAAUGUGAACAUGAUGAUGAAGAUGAACAUGAUGAUGAGUGUCAGAUGUUGGAUAUUAACUUCAUAGAUCCCAUUGUGCCAAUUCAAGAUUACCUACGAAAGAAAACCUGCACAAAUUGGGAAUUGGCUCCAAUACACUGUGCACCCUCUGCAACCAGCAAGCAGAAUCUGAGACCCACUUAUUCACCGCCUGUUCAGUGCAUUAAAAGUUUGGGAGAUAUUAGAUUAUGGUGGUAUUUACUUCCAUCGAGCUUCCAGUCGGUUUCAAAUAUACUUCAGUGUAGGAAUAACCUUCCACCUAAAAAAGAUCUAGGAGUGUUCCGCGAAGCUAUAUCCUUGGUCUUUAUCUGGGUCAUCUGGAAAUAUAGGAAUAAGCUUGCUCAUUCAAACAAACGCAUCUCACCUUCUGGUCUUAUAGAUGAAAUCCAGACCCUAUCAUAUUUAUGGAUAAAUGCUAGACAUAAAUCUAAAAAUCUUAGAAGGUUAGAAUAG